AUGGAGCCGCUCCAAGCCUCUCCCGCGGCGACGACGCCCGCCCCUGCCCCGCCUGCCCCACCUCCUGCCCCGGCACCUGCCCCUGCCCCGCCCGCCCCACCCCCUGCCCUGGCACCCACCCCUGCCUCGCCCGCCCCACCCCUUGCCCCAGCGCCCACCCCCACCCCUGCCGCCGCACCCCCUGCCCUGGCACCCACCCCUGCCCCGCCCGCCCCACCCCCUGCCCCUGCCCCGGCACCCGCCCCUGCCCCGGUGCACGCCCUGCCCCCCGCCCCGCCGGGUCGCAGAAGGGGGAGCAGGCCGUCCCUCGGCGCGGGACCCGAGGCUCGGGAGCGGCUCAAGUUCAUCCUGGGCGCGUCCGAGGACAACUCCUCUGACGAGGAGCCGGUGGCGGUGGCGCGGCCUGACGGACAGGCGGUGGCGCGGCCUGACGGACGGGCGGUGGGCGGGGCCUCCUCCGGCAGCGCCAAAGCACCUUCUUCUGCUACUUCACGCGAAACCCAGACGGGGAUGUCCACUUCCUUCUCUUCCACCAGCAUAAGGUAA